AUGCGUGAGCUCGGCCGCGGGGGCUCACUCGUGGCAGCCACCAUAGCGGCGUUGCACAGUCGAUCGGUUGUUAAUGGGAACCUUCAAUCUUUCAAUUCACGAUUAAAUAUCGAAGAGGACAGCAAUGUCUCAGGAUCAUCAAAGAAAAUAAAUAUUGAAGAUUUAAGUUCCAGAAGAAUAUCCGAAAUAAGCGAGCGUCCCCUGUCAACUGCAUCCGAAGCAUCGGAUCACUAUUCCGCCUCUGUUAAUUCCAGCGAGGAGCCACCCCAGCAAGAGAUGUCGUUUAUUAGGAGCCUCAUGUCCGAUCAAGAGUAUCUUACCGAGCCCUUUGAUGAGGAUCAGGAACGCACAGUAGUGGGCUACGUGCACCCUGCUGUGCGUUCCUACAUGUACUCACCAAUGGGCGACUCCGAUAGUCCUGAGGAAACAACAGUGAAAUGUAAAGCCUGGACGGAUCGUACCGGGAUACCCCCGCGGGCAGACUCUUCUGACUCUGAUAGCACGACAACCGAAGAGGACUCUGAUGAGCAUGAAUAUGAAACUGGUGGAGCCAAUGCUGAUUACCGUACACUAACACCGAAUAGAAGAGAUAACACAACACGUUGCGAUAAUGAUUUUAAGUGGAUGCCAAGUGGUGAAAUAAUUGAUGAUACUGGUGAUUCUCCUUUAGUGAGCUCACGAAUGGAGGAUUAUGCGGCGGCUAGUUUAGAUCGACGACGUCGUACGCCUAGUGAUCGUAGCGACCGUGACAGGAAAACGCGAUCAUCAUUAUCUACGAAGCCGCCACAGCAUCCAUCAAGCGUCCGUACCUCUCCACGUCCACGUCAUCCUUCUAGAAAUCAGGAUACACCACCUGACGUUCAGCGUCGAUGGAAUUCAUACGAACAUUUUCGUUGGCCGGAAGGAGGUUGGUGGCCUCCAAUGUGUUGGUGCCAUGGACCACCUGUUCCUCCGCCGCCGUGCUGCAUGCAUGAACGCACAUGGCCUUCACACCCUUCUUUGCCCGUAACUUCUCGUUCACUUAAGAACGAUGCCGAAGAUCGUGUGCGCCGGUUGGAAGCGGAUAAGGAAAGUUUACAGUUACAAGUGCAAGUGUUGUCUGAACAGAUUGCUGCGCAAACGGAAAAAAUGACAGAUCUGGAGCGGUCAUUACAUGAUACAAGACAACGGCUAGAUGAUACAGAACAAAGGUUACAAAAGGAAAUGUUACAACGUUCGUCGCUAGAAACCCAGAAAUUGGAAUUGUUAUCGAAAUUAAGUGAAGUCCGAUUACGAGUCGCUGAACGAGGCCUUGUGGAGCGCUCGCCGCCGCCAGAGUCUACACCCGUCGCUCGACCGGCACCUCCCCGGACGCCGCCAGCGAACUACGGGCGUCAGAUCGAGCGCAACACGCACAUGUACUCUUCCCUCCCGCGCUCGUCAGUUCUCAGCUCGGAGGCGCGCGUGGCGUUCGGUAAAAACAACAUGGUGGUGGCGCGCGGCCGCGGACACUCUGUGCCGAACCUAGCCGACAAGGAGGAGGCGCUGCCCCGCGGCAGCCCGUCGCCGUCGCUGCGCGAGGUGCGCGGCCGCCUCGGCAGCGCCGUGCGCCUCGAGGGCGACGACCUCGCGCGCUCCUCGCUGCGCGCCUCGUUGCCGAGACAGCGGCCGCACACUAUGACCUGGCAAACAACAGACAUACGACAGUGGGAUUGUGAGACGACAUGCGGCUGGCUCGAGAGCUUAGGGCUAGAGAUGUAUGUAGCGAAUGCUCGUGCAUGGCUGUCGGCGUCGCCGGACGCUCGCGGCCUCAUAUCUACCGCCUCACAUCAUACAUUGGAAAAGGAAUUAGCCAUUAAACACCCGAUGCAUAAGAAGAAAAUUAUAUUGGCCAUCACUGAUUUGUUGGGCGGGCACGGCGACCCGCUGCUGCCGCUGGCGGGGCGGCUGGACACGGCGUGGACGCUGCGCUGGCUGGAGGACGUGGGCGUGUGCGGCGCGCGCGCGGCCGCGCUGGACGCGGCGCUGGACGCGCGCGCGCUGCACCGCCUCACGCACGCCGACCUGCACGCGCACCUGCGCGUCACGCACGCGCUGCACGCGCUCUCCAUCAGGCGAGGCAUCCAAGUCCUACGCGAAAAUAACUUUAAUCCAGAGACGAUGAUCCGACGCGCUCCAGAGACCGAGCCUGUGGAAGUCGAAAGUGAAGCUGGGGGUGUUGGGGGUGUUGGAGGUAACGGGAGUUCUGGGGGUGCCGGAGGUCCUGGGGGUGUUGGGGGUGACGGCGCGGCGACGGCGGAGAUAGCGCGCUGGUCGUCGCACCGGGUCAUGCAGUGGUUAAAGGAGAUAGACCUGGCCGAGUACGCGCCUAAUCUGCGCGGUGCAGGAGUCCACGGCGGUCUAAUGCUGUUAGAGCCACGCUUCACGGCAGAGCUGUUGGCGGCGCUACUUAACAUCCCUGCGAAUAAAACUCUGCUCCGGCGGCAUCUUACACAAAGAUUCAACGAUUUGCUCGGGCGAGAAGUUAUACAACAGAAAAGGAAUGCUGAACAAACCCUCGGAUAUCAACCGCUUACAGCUACUACCAAAUAUAAGGUGCCAAAGAAGAGUCAGUUCUCGCUGAAGCGCAAGAAGAGUAAGGACGAGCUGGACCUCGGCGACCUGCUGUGCCCGCUGCGCGACGACUCAGGUGACGCGCCCGCCUCGCCCAUGAUGAAGGUAAAGUCAGUAGCGGGCGUCGCGUCGGCUGUCUCUCCCCCGCGUGACGCCGCGCGCGCGCAC